CUGCAAGGUAUGAGCAGCUGGACUCGGACUUUCUUAUCUUUACCUGAGUCUUCCCGGUCCAUUGGGUUCUGUCGCAAUGGUCUUCAAAUGAACUUCUUAGCUGGCAGACGACAAGGACGCACCAUCUAAAACUACAGUACCUAAACCUGUCACUGUUUUAAAGAGAUCAGCGUCUCUACCGGCCUAGGUGAAGCUGCUAAGAUGCAACUACCCACUCGCCCCCUGUCCCGGAGGCAGGACAAUGGUGAAGACGACAGCAGGCCUCUACCCCGGGAUCUGAGCCAUUACUAUUCGCAAACGACCAAGAACCGAAAACCCAGCCAAGUCAAGGAAUUUUAUAAAUUUUUCCAGAUACCAGGCAUUGUGAACUUUGCCGGAGGUCUUCCCAACCUCCGCUUCUUCCCAUUCGACACGCUCGAGGCGCAGACCGCAAAGCCGGAGCGCUGGACGCCGAGCGAAAGCACCGCCACCAACACGGACAGCCGCAGCAAUGGCGACUCUCGCGACCGCAGCGAGUCGACCCACAUCACGGUGCCGCUGGUCGCCAAGGAGACGGACCCGCUGCGCAAGAUCGACCUGGCCACGGCCCUACAGUACGGCAUGGCCGACGGCUACCCGCCGCUGCUGUCGUUUGUGCGCCAGUUUACCCGCGAGCACCUGCACCCCGACGUGCCGUACCGCUCGGGGCCAGAGGUCGUCCUGACCGUCGGCUCCACCGACGGCUUCGCCAAGACGCUCGAGCUCUUUGUCGACCCGUGGAGCGAGGGUAAAGGAGACGACGUUCGCGACAGGCCCGGAUUGCUGUGCGAGAGGUUCGCCUAUGGCAACGUGCUCACCCAGGCCAGGCCCAAGGGCGUCCAGGUCGUCACCGUCGAGGCCGACUCGGGCGGCAUGCUUGCGGAUGGACCGGGGGGCUUGGAGGAUGUGCUCGCAAACUGGGAUGACAGCAAGGGCCGGAGGCCCCAUCUCCUGUACACGGUCACCAUGGGUCACAACCCGACGGGCAUCGUGUUGGAUGUGGAGCGGCGAAAGGCGCUGUAUGCUAUAUGCAGCAAGUAUGACGUGCUGAUCGUAGAGGAUGAUCCUUACUGGUACAUGCAGUUUCCUUCGGCAGCCCGAGAGGAGGCCAAGAGCAGGAAUUUGCCCCCGCCACAGGUGACCUCCACAUACUCACGGUCGACCGGCUAUCCGUUCUUGGACUCCCUGGUUCCAUCAUUCCUGAGCUUUGACGUGGACGGCCGUGUUGUCCGACUGGACACCUUCUCAAAGACCGUUGCACCUGGCUGCAGACUCGGCUGGUUAACGGCACAGCCUGCGAUCAUUGAGCGAUUCGUAAGAAUCACGGAAACAUCGACCCAGCAGCCAAGCGGGUUCGUCCAAUCCAUGAUUGGCGAAUUGGUCAUGAGCUCCCAACCCACCGAGACCAAGACGACAUUCCUCGGCCUCCGCACCCACAAGGACCGGACAGCCUUCACCGGCUGGCAGAUGGACGGCUGGGUGCGCUGGCUCGAGGGCCUCCGCGGCGUCUACGAGGACAGGAUGAACCGUGUUUGCCGCAUCCUCGACGACGGCAAGUAUCAGCUGAAGCAGGGCACUCCGGUCGUCCCCGGUUCACACCCGCUGGACGCCGAUUGGGGCGUCAUCACCAAGAAAAAGCUGUUCGAGUUCGACUGGCCCCGUGGCGGCAUGUUCGUGUGGCUUCGCGUCUUCUUCGAGUCGCAUCCGCUGUGGAAGGCUCCAAGGCCUGGCAAGGACGGCGAGCCCGCGGGUGUGAUGGACGGUGGCGUCCUAUCGGGCGCCUUGUUGGCCAUGCUCACCAAGAAGCCGUGGCUGGUUCUUGUUGCGCCCGGGUUCAUGUUCAGCGCCAACGAGGAGAUUCAGCGCAAGGAUGGCUGGGCCUAUUUCCGGCUGUGCUUCGCCGCCGAGGCCGAGGAGGCCGUCGACCCGUGCACUCAGAGGUUCGUUGAUGGCAUUCAGCGGUUCUGGAAGAUCAAGACAGUCCGCGAGAUUGAGGAUCUGUUGAAGGGUUUCCCCAUAUCCAGUGGCGAGGCAUCAUCCAUGAAUGUCGCGGACCAAGAUGUCGGAAACAUGGGCAUGUAUAUGGGAUGCUAAUUCACGGCACGGAAUGAAAUAAAUGAAACAAAUACAAUAAGGCACAAGCCUAAUUAAAUUGAAGCCUGCCAGGGUGAAGUUAGUAUAAGGUUUGACCCGGCAGCGGUGUGGCGUAAUCCUGAUUGGUAAACCGGUCAUGCAAAUUUCCGUCGUCGGCCUUCCCCUGCAAAGAAAUCGGAUGGCACAUCUGUGAAUAAGCGGCGUUUGAUGGCUGUAGCCGAAUCAACCUCAACUUCAUAUCCCAGCACCACAAGUCACCAGUCUCUCAACAGGCCAAUAUCCACUCGUAUUAUCAUGGCUUCUCUUUCAAAUUUAUCAUGUCAUUCGGGUAUUGGAUUUGACUCAUGUGAAGAAACUCAUUAAUCACCAUCAUCUCACUGCCGAUGAAGCUACAGAGGUGAAAUCGAUCUGCUGAAAUGACAUUGCAC